AGCAUUAUCUUUGCAUAUGAAAAGUCCAAGGACUGCCUUAGAAAGCUCUAAUUAAAGUACAUUUUAUUUUUGCAAACUUCAGGACUUAGGAUAGGCUACUGCAGUAACUGUGGAAGGCAGGUUACAGAACUGUAUCUACUGCCACUAUGUAGAGGGAUAAUUUGACUGUGCUCGUGUGUCCUAUUUAGACAACCUGGUGAACUGGUUUGGUUGGUAUGUCAGUACUUGCAAGAACUUGAAAACGUUUUGUGGGCUGACAUGCAUUCUGUAACUCACGACUGCUUCUUCAACUAAAAACUUCAACCUGGACUAAGCCCAUAAGAUUGUCUUAAGAUAUUUUCAGCAACGUCACGCAGGAACUUCUCCUUAGGCUGCUGAGCGAUAAAGAUCUAGAGGUCAACAUCCUUGCCAGUCCAUACCAGAUACAGAUGGAGCCAGACAUGGAUUUAACUAAGUACAACACAACUGUAAAGAGGAGGGGAGGCGAGACCAAGAGCAGGAAAUAUCUGCCCAAGCUCUUGGACUGCCAACACACCUGCUGCUCUGUGUGCUUGACCCAGAUGAAGAUGAGCCUGAGUGAGCUGCGCUGCCCCUGGUGUCGCUCUGUCACCACCCUGCCACCUGGGGUCUCCGUCUCCCAGCUCCCAGAUGACCCCGACAUUAUGGCCGUCAUCUCUGUCCCAUCCCCCCCAGAAUACACACCUGUCUUCUUCAAACAGCUGCUUAGUAACACCUGCUACCUGUCUAUAGACCACCAAGAGAGGGCUACAGUGUCUGGUGAACAUUCAGGUAGGCACCUGCAGGCUGGGCAGACAAAGGAGAUGUUUCCAGUGCCUGUGUCUGACGAGGGAAGCCCAGGGUUGGGGGAGGAACAUGUGGAGAGCGAGCAAGGUUGUUGUAAGAGCUCGUUCACGACCAGGGCAGGCUUAGUGGUUCUUCUGGGUUUUGUCCUACUCUUACUUGUAUACAUUGUACUGUACAACAUGAAAUGCAUUUACAAACGGUUCACCAUGAUAUCCUGUGCCUAAAAGACUGGAUACUAAUAAGCUGUUUGGAAUCUUUCUAUCUCACUCCCAAAAAUGACUGGACAUUGUCACAAUGCCAGUAUUCAGGCUAUUUCUUAACCAGAGAUAGUGCUGUUGUACCGAGGGAAGAAAUGGUUGUUAUACUUUGUUUUAGGAAUGUUUAGAGUUAUAAUGAUGAAUUAGAAUUUUUCAAAGGAUUUUUCAUGUAGUUGUGCAAUAAAGAGUUAAAACAAUAUAACCAAUCACCAUCA